AUGGCAGCGCGUGCAGCCUCCAUGCUGCUGCUGCAGAGCGUGUCGGUGAUGCUCGGGCUCCGCGCCGGUUCCGGACUGUCCUCCUCCGGCUCCGGUCCGGACUCAGAGCGCGGCAGGAUGGAGCUGAGGCGCGUGCAGAGCCUCGUCUCUCAGCCCAGGUACGGAGAGUGCUGGGCGCGAGCUUUGGAGCACCUGGACACGCGCUGCAAGGACAUGACGUCAGAGAGCCAGAGCCAGAUAGCGCUGAGAUUCACCCACUGUCACCUGAGCAGCUCAGGUAGGGAUUUCCCAUCAUGCCCUGAGGGCUCAGAGGUCAGCAGGUGUACAGGUGGGAUGGAUGCUGUGGCCUUCAGCACUUACACAGAGUUCUUCACCCACACUCACUCCAUCUGUCAGUUCCUGCAGUCUGAAGCGUGGCAGAGCCGAGCUGAAAACACAAUGCACAGGUUAACGGAGAGCUCAGCAGGUGUAGCAGAGCAGCUUCAGUCCACCAGGCAGAUGGCUGAGGAGCUUAUGGAGGCCCAGAGUAGCGCCUUGCAGGCGCAGCAGGAGCUGCUGAACAAUGGGGAGGAGCUGAGACUCACCCUGAAAGACUCCACACAGGGCCUGCGGGCGGUGUUCUCAGAGCUCAGCAGUGUCUCCAGGGAGCAGCAGGUGGCGCUGUCUGAGCUCUUUAACAGAGUUUCCUUCCUGCAGAGCUUCCUUAUGAUGGAGGCUCACAGUCUGAGCUCCUGCUGCUACAACGCUGCCGCUCUCUGCACCUCCUUCCUCCUCACCUCCACCCAGCGCUCCUCCAGAGCCAGGUUGGUGCUGUUGGGUUUGGUGUGUUUGAAUUUCUACCUGGAGAGGAAGAUCUACCAGUUUGUGAUGAGCUCUGAUCAUCCUGAGCACAGACACAUGGAGCUGGUCAGCGUGUACGUGAGUGUGCUGCGGCGCUUCAUGGUUUGUGUCGGAGUGUGCGUCCUGCUGUGUGUGUGUGUUCGCUACAGAGACCCCGUGCAGCAGAGUCUGCAGGUGCUGCAGCAGCUCAGAGAGACGCAGCGCAGCCUGCAGGAGGCGCUGCAGCGCGCAGAGUGUUUAGAGGAGAGACAGAAGAAGAAGAUGGAGGAGAAUCAGCUUCAUGUGCAGGUGAGAACACUCAGAGAUCUGAGACCUGUACUACGAAGUCCAGCACACCAGGACGUGUCUUCGCUGUCUGUCUUCACUGAGUCUAACAGAGAAUGUCCUGCAUCACCUGGACCAUGA